AUGCACGACGGCAGAGAAAGAACAGUCAGAUUCCGGGAGAGUGACAGUUCCUCCCGACCCUCACCUCCAAGUCGGGAUUCAGGACUUGGUUCGUCUACUGACCAGACAUAUAUAAGAGGGAGAUCUGAUCGGUUCUUCACAGCUCAAGAUCAUGACACUCAACGGUUCAACGUUGGUGCCCUGCAGGAAGCCCUGGACUCGUGCCGCGAGGAAAAGGGAAAAUACAAGAGCAAGGCACACGAUUUGGAUGCACAGCUGAACGCAUGCAAGUCGACACUUCGUGAAAAAGAGCUCGAAAAUCGCUCCCUCAGAGAAGAGAACUCAACACUGAGACAUCAGAGGGAUACCUUCGAAAGCGAGGUACACGACCUGCGUCGGCGUCUGGCACCAUCCGAGCCAGACUAUAUGAUGAGUGGAGGGUCGGGUGAAUCAUCCAACGGGCUUGGUAGAACCAGAAGCAAGCGUCAGGAUGGCCAGGACCAGAAGAACAGACUGCGCGAGCGCAUCAACAUGGUCAACGAGCCAGCACCUUCGAAUAGGGACAGUAUAAGAGGCCGUCGCUUAAGCAUGAGUCAUACAACCGCACCAUAUCCCAGAGACACGGUGGAUAGUCGCCCUUCACGGGGCCCGCCGCUCACAACGCGGGGCUUUCAACAUAUCGACGCUACCAAUAACAAUUACACGACUUCAGCUCCCGUGGGAUCGCCGACGACAUUCAGAACAGAAAGUCUAUCGUCACCCAGGAGCACGACUUCCACGUUGAACACAUUCAUGACUGGUGGUGAUUACGUUCCGGAGCCUCUGCCACCUAAACCCAAGGUGGAUAGCAAGAGCUCCUCAAGCCGGAAAACACGGCAUUGA